GCCGCCCCGUCCCGUCCCGUCGCUCCGCCGCAGCCGGUGUGUGCUCCGGGGCGGGCGGCGGCCCCGCGGUGUGUCUGUGUGUGAGCUCCCCCCCGUCCGCCGCCGCCGCCGCCGCCGCCGCCGGGCCCUCACCUCAGCGCGGCGCCCAUGCGGCUCCCGGCGCGGCCCUGACAGCGCGGCACGGCCCCCUCCAUUCUCAACGUCUUUCCCAAAGGGAUGGAGAACUCAUCGGUGGCAUCGGCCUCCUCUGAGGCUGGGAGCAGCCGCUCUCAGGAGAUCGAGGAGCUGGAGCGUUUCAUCGACAGCUACGUCCUGGAGUACCAGGUCCAGGGGCUGCUGACAGAUAAAACAGAGGCGGAUGGCGAGAGUGAGAAGACGCAGUCCCAUGUCUCACAGUGGACGGCAGAUUGUAGCGAGCAGCUUGAUGGCAGCUGUUCCCCAUCCCGAGGGAAGGGCUCGUCGUCCCACGAACACAAUCAGAAUGGCAACAAGGACAGCAACCUUGACAUGCUGGGCACAGACAUCUGGGCUGCCAACACCUUUGACUCCUUCAGUGGUGCGACGUGGGACUUGCAGCCUGAAAAACUAGAUUUCACCCAAUUUCACAGGAAGCUGCGAAACACCUCCAAACACCCGUUGCCUCACAUAGACAGAGAAGGGCUUGGAAAAGGGAAAUAUGAGGAUGGAGACAGCAUCAACUUGAACGACAUAGAGAAAGUCCUUCCAGUGUGGCAGGGCUACCACCCAUUGCCUCAUGAAGCUGAAAUCGCACACACCAAAAAACUGUUCAGAAGGAGGAGAAACGACCGGAGGCGACAGCAGAGACUUCCUGGUGGGAACAAGUCUCAGCAGCACGCAGAUCAUCAGCAAGGUGGCACCAAACACAACAGGGACCACCAGAAACUCUAUCAAGGAGGCCAGGCCCCUCACUCCUCAGGCAGGACGGGCCACCACGGCUACAGCCAGAACCGGAGAUGGCACCACAACCAGAAACACUCACCCAACGACAAAGAAACGCACAGAAACGCCAAAGAGACUGAGAAUUUGAAAAUCGAGGACACCUCCAUCUGCACGGUGCAUAUCCCCAUGGAGACACACCGAGGCCCAGAGGCUGUGGAGAAGCAGUCUCAGCAGUACAACCAGGAGUCAGAGACCAAGCGGAAAGACAGUAUUCAUGAGCGCAUUGGGGAAAGACCCAAGAUCAAUUUGCUUCAGUCCUCCAAAGACAGGCUGCGGAGGAGACUAAAAGAAAAGACGCCUUGUCUUUCCCUUUUCACGGACCAGGACGAAGUCACGGUGGAAACCACCAACCCUGAAAAGAACAAAAUGGACAAAUUAAUUGAAAUCCUCAACAGCAUGAGGAACAACAGCAGCGACGUUGACUCCAAGCUCACCACCUUCAUGGAGGAGGCCCAGAACUCCACCAACUCUGAGGAGAUGCUGGGGGAGAUAGUCAAGACCAUCUACCAGAAAGCGGUGACGGACCGCAGCUUUGCUUCCACAGCAGCCAAGCUGUGUGACAAAAUGGCCCUUUUCAUGGUGGAAGGAACCAAAUUCCGGAGUCUCCUCCUCAACAUGUUGCAGAAGGAUUUCACCAUGCGGGAGGAGUUGCAGCAGCGGGACGUGGAGCGCUGGCUGGGGUUCAUCACCUUCCUCUGCGAGGUCUUCGGCACCAUGAGGAGCAGCACCGGAGAGCCCUUCCGAGUCCUUGUCUGCCCCAUUUAUACCUGCCUCAGGGAGUUGUUGCAGUCUCAGGAUGUGAAGGAAGAUGCUGUGCUUUGCUGCUCCAUGGAGCUGCAGAGCAGCGGCCGUCUGCUGGAGGAGCAGCUGCCCGAGAUGAUGACGGAGCUGUUGGCGAUAGCUCGCGACAAGAUGCUGUGUCCCUCCGAGUCCAUGCUGACGCGGUCCCUGCUGCUGGAGGUCAUCGAGCUGCACGCCAACAACUGGAACCCCCUGACGCCCACCAUCACACAGUACUAUAACAAGACCAUCCAAAAACUGACGGCUUGAGGGGAGAGGGCAAGGUGGGGUGGGAAGGGACGAGAAGAAGACGUGCACCUCGGCGGGAUGCGGCAAGAGCUUUUCCGAUUUAAAUCCCCCAGCAGACCAAACCCCAGCAUGCUCGAGAAUACGUUCGUGGGGUGGGGAGGGAGAAGCAUGUUUCUUUUUCGGCCACGUCGCCAAGUGCCACCCCCCUUCCCUGCCGUGGUUUUGUUUUAGGGGUUUCUUUUCCUGAACUCAUUGCUCAAGCAGCAGCAGCGCAUCCCGCCGGGUUAUUGUUUGGCUUUCGAAAGAAGACAGAGAAUUUGAAGGGAAAAAAUGAAUCCAAGUGGGGGCUAGUAUUGUUUUCACACCGUCCUCCUGCCUUGCCCCGCCAACUGGCAGGAGACAGCAGGCAGCAGAUGUCUCGGGAGGACAAAGCCAGACACACACUACACCAGACGCUCAUAAUUGAUGGCUUUUGUCGAGUGGGGCUUGCGUUCGGUUUUCUCUCCCCCCUCCUCUUGUCUUUGACUUUCUGUGUGUGUGUGUGUGUCCCCUCCACUCGCCACCCCUUUGAAAGUGGAUCAGAGAGCGGGAUGACUUUCUAAUUUGCACUGGGUUUUCUUUCUCUCGAGUGUUUGUAUUUUCUUCUUAUUUCACUGUAUCGUCACACGGGCAGUUGCGAGCAGCUCGGGGGUGAGGAAAGCAGCUCCUUCCCGUGAGCUGAAUGAUGGGUUACCUGAAGAUGCUGAAGCAGAAGGAGUGUUUUAAAGGGGUCAGAAAGCCACUGCAGAAGUAACGUAGCCACCGUCAUCUUGCCAGUAACCUCCUCGAUGGAUUGAGAAACAUGUCCCCUGAGCUGUGAGCUCUGGGACACAGGGGAUUCUGCGGCUCUUGCUGCUCAAGUCGCCGUUAUCCCUCAGCCACUAUAACCCUUUUUUUUUUUUUUGUAGUAACUUUUUUUGUUUCCAUUGAAGGAGUGCUUUAUUGUAAUUACUGUUAUGGUUGUAAUUAUACAUUUAAAUCCAGGCCUGUUAUAGUCGGGCCUAAUAAUGUACAGGGCGAGGGAGAAAUGAAGGUUUGAUGUUCUUCAGAGACUGUAUAGAGAAGACAAGCAGCGUAUGGCAAAAAGGAGGGAAAAAAAGGAACAGGAAAACAUAGGAAAAGCCAAAAAUAGAGGUUUUGAGCUUGGCUUCUAACUAGCUGAAUUUGCUAUCCAGUGUUUUUAGGUGUGCGGUGUACAGGAGUGGCUCUGUCCUGUGUUGGGUGUAAGCAGCACCGUGUCAUUGAGGGUUGGGUGAUGUAUUUGGAGAGGGAGAGUUUGCUCUGGGAUCCCUGUGUUGCUCCAUCCUGGAGCAUCCUGAGGGAGAGGGCGGCUGCAGGGGGUGAUGGAGAGACGCUGCCUUGGCGGGGAAAUGCCCAGAGGGCAAGGAGGCUGGUAGGGAGGAACACCACACGGUUGCAUAGUGCCCCAAACCAUGAACAAGACCUGGUGGUCUCCUUGUUUGCUUGUCUAGUAAUGUUUUGACUUACCAAAUCACUUCAGGUGCUUAUUUUGGUGAAGCCUAAUGGGGAUGCGAGCUGCGCCAUCCCAUCUGCGCAGUGGAAUAGGAGCCGGAGAAGACACGAUGCCAGCAGCCCAUCCUGUUUUCUUCUUACUAUUUACUUUCCUUUCCUUUCUUGGUAUUAAGAAGAGAAUUUACGCCACAGCGCCAGCACACAUGGACCCUGGACCAGGCAGCCUGGGUCUGAACUCAGCAGCUCAAACCCCUUUUUUCAAGCAAGAUGUUGAAUUUCUGAUGGUUUGUAGAGAAGAGAGAUUUCACCCCGACCUCUCUGGAUGUGCAGUAUGUUCUCGGGUGCCUUAUGAAUGUGUUGGUCUGUCUGUGAUGGGGAGGAAGCAUUCGCUGCAACAUUUAAAGGGCAGAAAUUUCCAGCAAACAAAACAUAGCAGGAGGCAAGAGACCUGCUGCUGCAGUUCAAUAUUGAAUAUUCAUCUGUUUGUCUGCAGAUGCGGUUUCAAAUCCGCAUACGGAGCAAGAGGAGCGAGCUGGAAACGGGAGAUUCGGUUCUCCUGUCUACCCAGAAAGCAGCAAAAUGACUGCUGGAUGCCCUGGAACUGUCUGGAAAAACUGAUUUCUGCUUCGUGGAUUCAAGCCUGGGAGCUUCACAUAGUGACGGCGCCUUGCGUUGGGUCAACUUUGUUAUUAGCAAUGGGGUUUGAUUGAUAGUGUUAAUGAGCAGCUGAUUAAGGCAGCAAAAAGCCCGUCAGUAUUACAAGGCUCAGGGUUGCUCCCAUUGCUCUUGGCUUUUCCUGCUCCUUGGUUUCUCGGGGAGCAGAUGUGAAGGGGAUAUAACACCCAUCGCAGCGCACCCAGGCACAGCAUCGGUCUUCUGGGAGAAGACCUGAAAACCACUUCUGUCUUCUUGUUGUUUUUAAAGAACAGAAAAUCCCUGUAACAGGGGACAGCCUGAUGGGUUGGGGUGCCAGGGAUCCUCCCGACAGUGAUCCAGAUCACUGCUCUGGUCCCUGCCACUUAUCUUUUUCCCAGAGAAUUGGGGAUUUUGCUUUGAAAAACCUGAAUUUUCACCCAUCAGUGCAGCAGGAGGCACUCAGCCGCAAAGUGUAAGCCACAUGGCCGUAUCUCUGCUUAAGCAUUACCCUACUCCUACCAGCUGUGAAGGUUUAUUCACUUUUCCCACUGGGGUGCAGUCCUGCAACCCCCAAUAACCAGGCUUGCCCGAGGGCUUUCCCCUCCAACACUGGGAUUUCUCCCACUGAAGAACUUCUGUGUGAAAUGCGUUGGUUUUUAAUGUCUUGCCAUUUAUCUCUGCUAUUAAUGUACAUUCAUGCAGCCAUUAACUGCUUUGGUACAUUGAUCACUCCGUUGAUGUGUGAGAAUCAAAAUGUUGACCAAAAUGUUGAGAUUUUUUUCCCAAAAUUACAUGCUGCCAAUGUUAUCUUGCUGAAGUCCAUCAGGAGGGAGCUGGCAGGCACGUGGCAUCAUUAACCACAGAACCAUGCUGGGAAAAGAGGUGCCACAAGUUCAUUUGAUGGGGCAGGAUGGGGAGCAGCGCUGGGAAGUUUUUGGGGUUCCUGGUGAGCGCACCUGGGGAUGUCACUGAGUAUUUUCUUCUCUCUUUUUUGGCUUUCUUCAGAAACAGUCGCCAAAGAGUGUGUUUCAUAGAAUCCCAGGCUGGUUUGGGUUGGAAGGGACCUUAAAAGUUCCAACCCCCUGCCAUGGGCAGGGACACCUUCCACUAGAGCAGGUUGUGAAGGUGCAAAGCCACUGGCUAUUGUCUCCCUGAAUUAGCCAGGUUUGAUCUUCACUGCUCCAUAGAAGUGUCCGUGUGGGGAUUUAAUGUGCUGUCCCCAUAUGGCUGCAUCAACAAAGGGCAAAAUAACCUCCUCAGGCCAAACGUGUGUGGGGCCAAACCUCGGGCUACUGUAAACGUGAGUGUCUGAAGCAUCUGCAGAGGAGUGAUGCUCUGGACCACUGCUGUGCUGGUCCCCCUCAGAUGCAGAGCAGCUUUGCCAGCUCCUUGCCAGACUCCCCAGCAUCUAAUUCACCUCAUUCCCAGUGAAAUCAUUUCCAAACUGAAGGGUUUUGCUACCCACAAAGUGACUUGCUCCAUUCUCUCCCAUGAGGGGUUUCACCCCUGUUUGGAGAAGUCUCAUGUAUAUGGAGGUGAAAUGAAAAUGGGGGGAAAAGUAGGAAAAGUAAGCAAUUCGCUUGGUUCGUCUCUUCCCCUGACAGAGAUUAAUUAGUAUCUAUUCUUGUCAUGAUUGAUGGCUUUGAAGGAAAACUUGUCAGAAUAACUUACGAUUUAUUUUCAUGCUUAUUUUUAUAACAUCCCUCACUUGGAAGUCUCCCAAAAUCUUAAAUAUGAUUUUAUUUUACUUUAUUUCUCCGCUGGGUAUUUUAUGGCUUUACACUAAUUUUGCUCUUCUUGGUGUUAGCUAUUAGCCUGUCCCAGUGAUACUUUCAGUAUUUUUUCAGGAGGAACGACACUAAGGGUUGCAAAAAGUCCACUGUGGAUAGCCAAGGGAGCUGCGGUGUCCUGCAGAACACGGAGUUAACGCUAGCAGUUCAUUAUUAUUUUUUUUUUUAAAUGUAUUUAUUUGCAUUUGAAAAAGCAACGUUUUUAAUUUAAUCAUGUUUGUUAAACUGAGCGCUUUUAAAAAAAUAAAAAGAUAAAAAAGAAAGGAAAAAUGUUUUGGGGAGAAUAAAGGCUAGGUAUUCAUACUAGAGAAAACACAAAGUGGUUGUUUUCAGAUUCCAGAGACUGUUACAACAAGGGAGCUAAUAAUUCUUUGUGGCAAUUCAGUCUUUGUUUAUAGAACAUCCAGACCCACUGUAUGCUAUAAAAUGGAUCAUCAAGUAAUAAAUGUUUAAAGCUUGA